UGCAUGCUGGCGCUCACCUUCCUCUUCUUCGUGGUGGAGGUGGUGGUGAGCCGGGUCACGUCGUCGCUGGCCAUGCUCUCCGACUCCUUCCACAUGCUCUCCGAUGUCAUGGCCCUGGUCGUGGCGCUGGUGGCCGUGCGCUUCGCCCAGCGCACCCGGGCCACCAAGAAGAACACCUUCGGGUGGGUGCGGGCCGAGGUGAUGGGCGCCCUCGUCAAUGCCGUCUUCCUCACCGCCCUCUGCUUCACCAUCCUGCUGGAGGCCAUCGAGCGCUUCACCGAACCCCACGAGAUCCAGCAGCCGCUGGUGGUCAUCGGCGUGGGGGUGGCGGGACUCAUCAUCAACCUGCUGGGGCUCUGCCUCUUCAACCACCACGGUGUCGGGGGCCACGGCCAUUCCCAUGGCCACGGGCACUCGCACAGCGGCAGGCAGCACCCCCGCAGCGGCCCCAAGACCGAGCAGCCACCGGGGGACGGGGAGGCUGCGCUGCACCGGGAGGAGACCAGCACCUUGGUGGAGAACUGCAGCAGCUCCAACGGAGUCAGCCAGGAGAAGCUAGGUGAUAUGAAAGAUGACAUGACUGACCUACAAGUGAAUGGGAACGCUGGUCAUUAUCCUCUGGAUGUAGAAGAGGUCGAAGAAGACUCUAGUGCGCAGCUUAACAUGCGUGGAGUUUUUCUGCACGUUUUUGGAGAUGCCUUAGGUUCAGUAAUUGUGGUAGUGAAUGCCUUGCUCUUUUAUGGGUUGUGGAACCCGUGCCCCAAAGAUGGGCCCUGCUUUAAUCCAUGUGUCAGUAAUCACUGCAUGGAAAAUGCUACUUUAUCCCAAACACUUGGCAGAGCAAACAAGUCUGAGCAAGAGAGCAUUACGGUGGCUGGUCCAUGCUGGUUGCUAUAUUUAGAUCCCGUCCUUUGUUUGAUCAUGGUUUGUAUACUCCUUUACACAACUUACCCAUUACUUAGGGAGUCGGCCCUUAUACUUCUGCAGACUGUUCCCAAACAAAUAGAUGUUCAUUCUUUGAACUCAAAAUUACGUACCCUUGAAGGAGUUGAAGCUGUCCAUGAGUUACACAUUUGGCAGCUAGCAGGCAGUAGGAUCAUUGGCACUGCUCACAUAAAGUGUCCUGACCCUUCCACAUACAUGAUGGUGGCAAAGCGCAUAAAAGAGAUCUUUCAUGACGAAGGGAUUCAUGCAACUACCAUUCAGCCUGAGUUUGCCAGCGUUGGCUCUGAAUCGGGGAGAGGGAAAUGUGAGUUUCCUUGCAGGACUCAGUGUGCUUUGAAGCAGUGUUGCGGAACAGGAGAAGAUAGUACUGCAAAGAAGACAGAAAAAUCUUCCUCACUUAGUAUUUCUUGUUCAGAAGUUGUCAUUGAAUUUCCAAAAACUAGGAGGACUAAGUCGGAGAGCAUCCCUUCAGUUAAGCUAGAGGCAAACACCGAGCAAAACGAGCAGUUUGAAUCAUCUUUGUAACUCCCUGAAUGGUGCUACCUGAGUUUUGGUGACUUUGACAACAGCUAUAUUGCAAGAGGAAGAGACAGACAUUUGAGAUGCAAUUUUGCCAAGUAGUGUAAUUGCUGAAGUCCUUGUUCUUGUCAUAUUGCUAAAUCUAGAAUGCUUGUUUUAAAGAACAUAAUGUCACUGUCAUGAUACAAUGUGUUUGUGUUGACUUUGUACUGAGACAGAGAGAAAGUGCACCAAUCCUGUAACAACUUCAGAAAACCAGUUUCAGCAUUUCAGCAGAGACAUUUUUUGCUGUGCUUCAAAUUAAAAUAUUUUUUCCAGUGAAAAGGUAUUUGAGGGAUAAGCAUGUAGGAACUCAAUUUGUGUUACAGAUUUCUUGGACCUACUCUUUCCUUUAAUAUUUGAUUUGUAGAUAUUUUUAAUAUAUUGUUUAUUUAGAAGCCCUAAGGAAACCAAAGUUCAUAGAACAUUUUUAAAGAUAUAACUACUUAAAACUGGAAACCACUUUGCAGUUUCACGUAUUUUUCUUAAACCUAUAUAAUAAUAAAUGUGAAGGCUUUUCUAAAGAAUUUAUCGUAUAGCAUAUUUUAAAGAGAACAUCAUGUGAUUGUUAGCAACUGUCCCCACUUUUUCUGGUAAGGUAGCUAGGCAAUUAAAAUCAACUGCUUGUGAAAAUAUCAGAUGUAAAAGGGUUUUUUUCUAUCAGAAUGGAAGUUCAAGCUACUGUAUACUGCUCUGUGAUCAGAACAUGAGACUGACCGAUAAAGUAACACAUACUUU